AUGAUCGCAAAUUGGAUGUCAGUGGCCGUUCCACUUCCACGGAUGAUAGACGAUGAUUACCUUGACACGCAGACCACAUCUAACUCCACGCGCCCUGACGGGGAGGCUACGAAGGUAAGCUUUUUCAUAGAAUCAACCACUCUCUACGAGAUUGUGAACGAUUCUCUUCUUGAGAUAUAUAUGAACCCAGAGAACAAGUCGACUGAAGAUGAUGUGAAACUUUUGACGGUCGUGCAUCAUGAUAGUAGGCUCUCAAAGUGGCUUUCGUCCAUACCGGAGAAUUUGCUCUACUCGGUUUCGAGUUCAGCUGAAGAUUUCAUCUUGCAGAGGCAGCGUAUUGUGCUUCGCGCUCGAUAUCUUCAUGCCCGGAUCCUGCUUCUGCGUCCUAUUGUGGCCGAAUACCAUCUUAAGCAGCCUAAACCGAGUCGGGCCCAACUUUUGGGAUUCGAAGACAGAGCUUUAUCGCAAGGCAUCGUGGACGAAUGCCUGACUCUGUGCUUCGGAGCUGCUCACGAAACCAUUGAUAUGAUAUACACGCAUCUCGACCGCGAGACCGUGACGGGGCCUACACCGGCGUGGUGGUUUUCCGUAUUAUUUGUGUAUCAGGCUGCCACAGUUCUGCUUGCGCAACGCUUCGGGCCUUCAGAACCUCGAGCCUUUGUCUCCAGUCUUGGCGACCCAGGUGCCACAUGGGACAAAGCCAUGCAACUUUUGAAAGCGUACUCACAAGUCGGAGAGUCCGCAAGACGAUGCAUAGCUGCAUUGGAGAUUCUGUCAGCGAAAUUCCAGCAUCAUACAAGCCAGAACCCAGCACAGUACGCGUCAACUUGGAUUGGUGAAACAAACUCGAACACUACGCAGGAGUCUCGCGGACAGUACGGAGUACUUGGAGAUCUGGGUGGAGACCUGGAUUUGAGCGGCGUCAACCUAAAUGAUAUUCAAUUAAAUGUUGACGACAUGGUGUGGCUGAACACGUCAGCCGGCGAUGUUCUAUUUUGA